GAAGUAAUCACAACAUUGCAGUGUUUGAACUGCCUUCAAAACAUUUCAUGAGUUUCUCCAUUUGUGUGAGCUCCGGAGAGAGCGAGAGUUGAGAUGCAUGUGGGUUAUUGAUCGGCGUUGUUCAGAGCGAGCCGAACUUUGUGGCUGCAUACGGACUGAGCGAUAAAAUAUUAGCCAAGCACCGCGCCGACGUGCUUUCCCCACAGCAGCAGUUGUGUGAGAGAAUCUUCAGUGUCACGGUGCACAUACGGCCACCGUCCGCUCCACCCAAAAGAAGAAGAAAGUUUUAUCUCGUCUCGCUGCCACUGCUGCUACCUCGCAAGCACAAGCAUUGGAUUCGGUGGGGGAAUCUCUCGCUUAGCUUCUUCCCAUCACAGAUCACCAGACUGGAAUCUCAAAAUCUGGCUCCCCACCACCACCACCACUUCUCGCCAAACUCUCUCCUGUAGUAGUGAUUGAGAAGAAUGGAUCCUGCACUUUCUACUUUCCAGUUCACAACAAUAUAAAACCAUCAAGUAAUUAUGAACAGAGUUGUAGUUCGAUUUCGUAGACGUGGAUCGAUUUAGUCGUCACUCACCUUUCACUUGGAAGAAAGAAAGUAGAGUGAAAGUGAAUGGUGAAAGUUGGAACUGCUUUGAUUUUUAAAUUCUCAAAGACACAACACAAAUAUUCAUGCAAAUGAAGUGAGUUAAAAUUGAAGUGCUCGAAGGUAGGGGUUUCAGUUCAUCGGAUGGUGGGAUUGGCCUAACAAUUGAAUACAAUAAUGGUGUGAGUAAAACUCUGUUGACGUAUGUGAAGUGAAAGCCGAUUACGAUAAAAGGUCUGCGCCGAGUGUGCCAGAGUCACGAUGGAGGUGGAAACGGGCCCAAUGCGCUGUGACUCUAGCCUGAGUAUGGUAAAAAUCCAGCCGGUGAAUGAAAAUAAUAAAUCCAAACAUUUGUUCACCAGCCACAAGUUUGAUCCUGAAAUUGAAGAGUUGUAUCAGCUGCAUUCCGCCAAUCAAAAGAGAACUGAGCUUUUCCGAUGCUUUCUCUACGCCAUUCUCUUUUAUUGCUUGGCACAUGUUUAUGUAAUCUCAGCUUGGAUUUGCAAUCAUAACAAUAGUUUACAUGUGAAUGGAGUUGACAAUCAUGAUGACAGUUCGGACUAUGGGCAUGGGUCGAACGAUCCGGUGGCAAUGCCACAAGCAGAUGAUCCAUCAUGGAACAACUGGGAUACUCAUUUUUCUUUCAAGUCCAAAAGAUCUUUCGUCGAUAGUUUUGAAAAUUCUCUCAAUUCCCCACUAAUUAAACCAAAUAAUAAGCGUCACUCCAAGUCUAGUUUUAACUCUCAUCACGACACAAUUUUUAGUAGGAUUCAUAGCUCAAAGCAACUUGACGCUUCUGACCUUAACACCCGCAACAGUAGACCCUUCAGCACUCCCCAGCAGUCCAACUUGCACUCUGACACUGCAACAGAUACAAAGUCAACCGCCGUGCAUCAUAAUAAGAAUAUCAAUAAUAUGAGAAGAAUAAAAAGUUUGGUUGGACGACAUGCUGGUGGCGGCGGUGGUGGUGGUGUUGGAGUGAAAUCCAAGAAAACUCAAGCCCUUCGGCAACAUUUUGGGGAUGAAGACGAGGAAUUGGACAAAGCUGAUAUAUUGGCUAAAAAUAUGGUUUACAUCGUUUGCAUGAUGGUGUUGCUGAUUUUUGCUGGAAUAAUAAUACUUUUGAUGCUGCUACCGAUACCACGAGUUCCUCAAAAUGCCCACAUUCCCGUCCUCAUUUGGUCCUUGCUGAUUCUUCUCUCCGUUGCUGUGGACAUGGAGUCAUCCGUCUCGCCCAGACUCGGCAUUGGGUGGGCAAUUUUGGAAACAUUUCUCAUUUGGGUGACUUUGCCCAUGAGGAUUCGUGCAGCAUUCUUCUACACAGCCUCCCUCGGCACGGCUUACCUUCUGGUCACGUCCUGUCGACCCAACAACCAUUUCCAGCUCGGGAAGCAGAUUGGAGCAAACAUCAUUCUGCUGGUAAUGACCAACUUGAUGGGACUUGUGUCAUUUUAUUUGAGUGAUAAGAAGCAGCGGCGUGCAUUUCUUGAUACAAGACAGUCCCUCGAAAUGAAACUUCUGAUGGAAGAACAGUCCAAAGAGCAGGAACGGUUACUGUUAUCCGUAUUGCCGGAGCAUUUAGCUUUAAAAAUGCGACAGGAUUUGGGUAAUACUGAUGGGCAGUUCAAAAAUUGUUACAUGAGCAGACACGAAAAUGUCAGCAUUCUAUAUGCGGAUAUAGUCGGGUUCACGGCAAUCUCCUCGACCUAUUCUGCAUCUGAACUUGUCAAAAUAUUAAAUGAACUCUUUGCCAGAUUCGACCGUUUGGCAGAAAAAUACAGUCAAAUAAGAAUUAAAAUUCUUGGAGAUUGCUACUACUGUAUCUGCGGGGCACCUGAGGAAAGACCAGAUCAUGCAAUUUUAUGUGUGCAUAUGGGGCUAUCAAUGGUGAAAGCAAUAAAAUAUGUACGGGAAAAGACUAAAUCAUGCGUCGAUAUGCGCGUCGGCGUACAUACAGGUGCUAUUUUGGCAGGAGUUCUCGGCCAGAGGCAGUGGCAAUUUGACAUUUAUUCGAGAGAUGUUGAACUGGCCAACAAAAUGGAGUCGUCGGGUCAAGCUGGAAGAGUUCACGUUUCUGAAACAACUCUUGGUUUCUUGAAUGACGAAUUUGAAGUAGAACCUGCCCACGGAGAAAAGAGAGAAGAAAUUCUAAGAAUUGCAGGAAUUAAGACUUAUUUCAUCGUUCGACCCUUGGUACCUUUUAAGGAAGUGAAAGCAAGCACAAUUGCUGAAAACGGGGAUGUUCAACCAGAUGAUGUAAUCACCAAAGAUAUGCCAUCCGACUUAAUGUCCACUGUUGCAGAGGACUCAAAUAGCGUUGGGGAUGAUGUGCAAGCCACGAGGAAAAAAUCAGACUUGGAAGCAUACCGAUUACGUCUUAAAGAAGAACUGUUGUCGCGAGAUGGCUACAAGGAUCUAUCUCGCCAGUCCCAAUGGCUUUCUCUCAAGUUUCAAGAUGCCGAAAAAGAGUCAGAAUUUACAAAACACAAAGAUCCAUAUGCUGGAAUCUAUUCAGCAAUUUGCCCAACAGCCCUUGUAUCGGUGGCUUUGGCAAAUUUUUUUGCAAUAUCCUUCAACAUUUUGGGACUCAUUGUACUCAUUGUUGGCGUUAUCGUAUUGAGUCUUUUAAGCUCCUUUGCAGCUUGCGAAGAUUCCCCACUGAAGUCUAGAAUAAUGAAACUGUCAGGGAUCAUGCAUUCCGUUUGCAAAUUGGAGUCUGAAUUGUGGGUUCGGCGACUUGUGUCUAUAUUGACGGCAGCACUACUUAUUGCUGCUAAUCUAGCAUUUAUGGUACCAUGUCUCUCAUCUUAUGGAUGUUACAAUAUCACUCGUGAAUAUUUCGACCAAGUUGAGCCUCCUCUGGUGCUACCAAAUACGGAUGAAAAGUCCACAGAGCAAUCCAUCAAAUGUUUAUUUCCAGCUUAUUCCAUUGGAUUUGAAACCGUAUUUUUAUUGUCUGUGACUUUGCUACCAUACCUGGGAAGUUGGGUGAAAUCAUUCAUCAUUCUGGGUGCCACGGUUGUCCACAUCAUCCUCAUUUUCACCAACCCUCUCAAGCAAGUUCUGGAAUGUUCAGAAAGGCUAAUUACUAAUGAGGAUGACAGGCUACUUCCAGCAGAAUGCUAUUUAGCUUUGUUUGCCAUUGUGGUCCUGGGAGAUCUUUUUGCCCUCACACGGAGACUUGAAAAAUCGUCACGAGUUCUCUUCUUGUGGAAAACUGACGUUGAACUACAACGAGAAAAAGCUACACAAUUAAGACAGAAAAACGAGGCUUUGGUAUAUAACAUUUUGCCACAACACGUAGCGGCACAUUUCUUAGGGUCAAGGAGAAGAAAACACGAAGAGCUUUACAGUCAAAGUUAUUCUGAAGUUGGAAUAUUAUUUGCAUCAAUGCCGAAUUUCUCUGAUUUUUACUCGGAAGAGACAGUGAAUAACCAAGGCUUGGAGUGUUUGCGUUUCUUGAACGAAGUCAUUUCAGACUUUGAUGCUCUUUUGGAUUUACCGAAAUUUGCAGACCAUAUUAUUAAAAUCAAGACAAUCGGGUCAACUUAUAUGACAGCGAGCGGACUUAAUCCCCUGAAGCAGGCGAAGCCGGAUGAUCCUAUCAAAGUCCGUUGGCAUCAUUUGGCGUUACUUGUGGAAUUUGCUUUAGAACUCAAAGUCUCUCUAAAUGGAAUUAACGAGCAGUCAUUCAAUCAUUUUGUACUUAAGAUGGGAGUCAACCACGGUCCGAUAACUGCUGGAGUAAUUGGUGCCCGUAAACCGCACUAUGAUAUUUGGGGCAACUCUGUGAACGUAGCGUCCAGAAUGGAAAGCACAGGUCGCAGUGGAUGCAUUCAAGUUACAACUGAGACGUACCGAAUUCUUCGCCUAUUUGGCUAUGUGUUUGAGCAACGAGGUUUAGUUAAUGUGAAAGGUAAAGGUCAAUUAAUGACCUAUUAUCUUAUCAAUAAAGGACCUGAGCCCUCAUCUGAAGAGCUGAAAUCAUUACUAGCAGAAUUAGAAGAAAGCCAACCUUCGAAUUCACAAGAAGUACAGUAGAGUAUACCCACUGUAGUAAUAUUAAUACUAUUAACACAUACAACAUGCACACAUAAUAGCGACAUGAUCUCUGACCUAUGUGUAUUCCAUUGUAACUAUGAUAUACAUAAUGCUAGCAGAAGCUAGUAUUCCGUUAUUAUUGCGGGUCUUGUACUGCUUCAAAAUAUUACCUGUUAAUUGUUACCUUUUAGACAUAUUCCUUAUAUUUCAACGCUUUUCGUCGUAUUGAAUGACAUUUUUAUUAAUAAAAUACUCAUCCAAAAUUUGUAUCUGUA